AUGCAGAGCUCCUACAAAGUAUUAGCCUUUGCUCUGGUAGCAGCAUCCAGCUUCACAUCUGUACAUGUUCUGGAGUUCUGCCGAAGUACUGACAGUGACUGCCAUAGUCAUGACAGUACAGCUUCGGACAACCAGCUGUCACUGCACACUGUCAAAUCCAGGUGGAACAUUAGUGUUUCAAACCUUUUAAAGGACCUGGACCAAUUCAGAGUGUCCUGCAAGAAGCUAAUAGAAGCAUUUCUGAUUGACGAGGUUGAUGGCAACUUUGCUCGCUCUGUAAAGAACUGCAUAUUCUCCAGAUCCAUUCCAACCCCACUGAAAGGCCGGUUAAGACUGGCAGCAGCUUCUAAGGACGUCAUCGAGGGGAUUUUAGAUUUAGACGUGGCUGUAACUCAGUCAGAUGAUUUCCUGCAUUACGCAAGCGGUGGCAGACUGCUGUCAGGAUCUGUACCACUUGCUCACAGAUAUGGAGGUCAUCAGUUUGGGUACUGGGCAGGUCAGCUGGGCGAUGGUCGAGCACAUUCCCUUGGUCAGUAUACCAACAGGAGAGGAGAAGUAUGGGAACUGCAGCUUAAAGGCUCUGGCAAGACGCCUUAUUCAAGGUCAGGAGAUGGUCGAGCUGUGAUCCGCUCUUCUGUAAGGGAGUUCCUGUGCAGUGAAGCCAUGCAUUUCCUGGGUAUUCCAACCAGCAGGGCUGCCAGUAUAAUUGUCAGUGACGAUCCGGUGAAGAGGGAUCAAUUCUACAACGGCAACGUGAAGACAGAGAGGGGAGCCGUUGUUCUCCGGUUAGCCAAGUCAUGGUUUCGGAUCGGAUCUUUGGAAAUUUUGGCUCAAAGUGGAGAGAUCAAUCUCCUGAGAAAGCUGGUGGACUUUGUGAUUGAUGAAUAUUUUUUUUCAAUCAGUCAAGAUGAUCCAGAUAAAUAUUUGGUGUUUUAUUCCACAGUUGUAAAUGAAACAGCACAUCUGAUUGCCAGGUGGAUGUCAGUUGGGUUUGCACAUGGUGUGUGCAACACAGAUAACUUCAGCCUUCUGUCUAUAACCAUCGACUACGGACCAUUUGGCUUCAUGGAGUCGUAUAACCCCAAUUUUGUCCCCAACACAUCAGAUGAUGAGGGCAGAUACAGCAUAGGAGCUCAGGCCAACGUCGGACUGUUUAACCUUGAGAAGCUCUUGCUGGCUCUCAGUCCUGUGCUAUCUACGAACCAGCAGAAAGAGGCUAAAAUUAUUUUGAAAGGAUAUGGUGAUAUUUAUCAGAUGAGGAUUCAUCAGCUAUUUAAAGCUAAACUGGGGCUUCUAGGUGAAGAGGAGGAUGAUGCCUAUCUAAUUGCCUUCCUGCUUAAGAUGAUGGAGGACACACAAACAGACUUCACCAUGACCUUCAGGCAGCUCAGCGAAGUUUCAGCCCGGCAGCUUCACAACAGGAACUUCACACAGAUGUGGGCUUUUGAAGACUUGUCCUCCCACAAGCUCUUCUCUGAUUGGCUCAGCAUGUACCUGCUCCGGCUCAACAGACAACAAAAUGAUAGUGAUUUGGAUCGUCAACACAGGAUGAAAAAUAUAAAUCCUAGAUAUGUGCUGAGGAACUGGAUGGCAGAGUCUGCUAUACGUAAAGCUGAGGUGAAUGAUUUUUCGGAGGUGGAGCUGCUGCACCAUAUAUUGUCCUUUCCCUUUGUUACACAAGAGACUGCAGAGGAGGCAGGCUAUGCAGCAAGACCUCCUCUGUGGGCUAAGAGGUUAAAGGUCAGCUGUUCCUCCUGAGAGACUCUUGGGUUGAACAAACUCACUAAAGUGAAAAAGAAUUACAGCACACCAGCAUUUAAAUGGUCUUUUUAAUAAAUUCUCUCCUGCUGGGGGGAAAAGUUUGGUCCAACAUGUCAAGGUCAUGGCUGUUUAAUAUUCUUAACUACUGAGAUUUCCCACCAUGUGUGGAUACAGUGACCAACAAAUUAUACUUCUCAGUGCUACAGAAGAAUUAAACUUGAAUUGUAAUUUGACUGCUUCACAGAUAAAUACUUCUUGUAAUGCCAUAUUUACACCAAAAUAAAUUCAAAUAUGCUCCAGUAAAAGCUGUCCUGUUGUUUUUGUAAGAAUCUAAGUUCACAGGGCCAGUGCUUUUUCCAUUUCAGAUUUCAGCAGGUUUUACUCAGUGACAGGAAGAAGACCCAACAGUUCAUUCCAAAAAGAAAUAAUAUUCCAUUCAUGCAUUUAGCUUUUUAGUCAUUUGAAGACUAAUCCGAUACUCUGUAUAUGGGAAAGUGUUUUUUUAGUAUUUACAGUCGUCCAUGCAAACGUGUCACAAUAUGUACAACUCUAUAAAAAUGUCUCUUUGAAGUAUGAUGCCAGCUUUGCAUUUUUUAAGUCAUCAAAAACAAACACCUCCUAUUUAUUACAACAGAUAAUGUUUUUUUUCCCAGCAGGUUUUCAAACAGAGUACAAAGCAGGUCAUAAAAGAAUACUUCAUUUGCAAAAUUAGCAUUUGUAUAUUGAUAUACUUGAGUUGAAAUUGUUAAGAACACCUUUUUCUUAUGUGCCUCCACAGUGAAUGGAGCCAUAAAAAAUCCUUAUUCAUUAAUUAGUCAUUGGGGACCAUGUUUAACAACAGCAAAACUAUGUCCAAACAUCCUUUUACAAUCACUCACAACUUGUGCAGUAUAAUCCAUAUUUCAUUUCUUCAGUUGUAUGCUCAAUACUUCCCAAACACAUGGAUUUUCACAAAAAAUGUAACAAUAUAAAGAAAUUCCUCAAGCUUGUCAGCCAUGGAUGAGACUCCACUGACUUACUUACUUUAAAUUGUAAUGUUUUAGAGGUAGUGACAUACGACUGGAUAAAUAAGACUUGGAUUUUCCUGCAGGAGCUGUCAUUGAGUAAUUGGUAUACAAAUGGUCAUUUUGUGGGUGAAAUAUUCUUUUAAGAUUAAUUAGUCUUUUACUUGAUUCUUGCAAAAUUCUAUCUUGGAUAAGCUGUUAAAAGAAAGGAUAGAUCACUGUCUUUUCUGGAAGAGAUAAAGUCUGUAUUGAUCUCUGCUGGCUUCAUGUUGGAGAUGUUCAGUAUUGUUGUGGAUGUAAAGAAUAGCCGUUUUGCUGAAAUCAAGACAAGCCUGGUUAGGAGUUAAGUCGGUUAUCAUAUGCGGGUGCAGGUCGUACUUUUUUACACUCCAAAAAACUUUGUCUCAGGCUAU